AUGCAGAGCGUCCUACGAUCCGUAGGGCUUCUCAGCCUUCUCUUUUGUCCGAUCGGCGCAAUCGACAUUGACUUUUCGAGCGAUUCCUCCAUCAAGGCCGGAGCGGCAGAAAUCGCCUAUGGCCUGGUCAAAUAUUAUACUGGAAACAAUACGGGUGACACACCGGGCAACCUGCCCGACCCAUAUUACUGGUGGGAAGCUGGUGCUAUGUUUGGAGCGUUGGUGGAUUACUGGGCUUAUACCGGCGAUGACUCCUACAACAAGAUAACAUUCCAAGCCUUACAACAUCAAGUCGGCGAUGAUGCAGAUUAUAUGCCGACAAACCAGACGCGAAGUUUGGGUAACGAUGACCAGGGCUUUUGGGCAUUGGCUUCCAUGACGGCCGCCGAGAUGAACUUCACAAACCCAGACGCGGAUCAACCACAAUGGCUCGCACUUACGCAAGCCAUCUUUAACGAAUAUGUUCAGAGAUGGAACGAGGCGGCUGACACCUGCGGUGGAGGCUUGCGCUGGCAGAUCUACACGUUCAACAACGGUUACAACUACAAGAACUCCAUCUCAAAUGGCUGUUUCUUCAAUAUUGCCGCCCGCCUGGCGCGCUACACCGACAACUCCACAUACGCGGACUGGGCGGAGAAGAUCUUUGCGUGGGAACAGAGCGUCAAGUUUAUCAGUUCCGAGUGGCAGGUCCUCGAUGGUGCUGGUAACGGAGGCACAGACAACUGCACCGAGGUCAACGGCGCACUGUUCACCUACAAUCACGGCAUUUUCCUACAUGGCGCCGCGUAUAUGUAUAAUAUGACCGAAUCCGACACGUGGAAGACGCGAGUUCAGGGGCUCACAGACUCUCUCGAGGGCACGUUUUUCCAGAACGGAGUCAUGUGGGAGCCGCCUUGUGAGAGUUCCUCCUGCAACACCGACCAGCAAGCGUUCAAGGGGCAUUUGGCCCGCUGGAUGGCCAACACGGCCAAGCUGGCACCAUUCACCCACGACACCAUCAUGGGUCUCCUCAAGACCACGGCCGCGGCCGCCGCGCAGCAGUGCGAUGGCUCACCGGCCUCCGGGUUCAAAGGCCACGCCGGCACGGCCUGUGGCUUCAGCUGGCUGCAGGGCUCGACGUACGACGGCAAGACAGGCGUGGGCGAGCAGCUGAACGCCAUGUCCGUCGUCAUGACCAUGCUGACCGACUCAGCGCCGGCGCCGUACACGUCCGCCAACGGCGGCUCGUCGACCGGCAACGCCAACGGUGGCGCGAGCGACGACAGCAAGAUCGCCCACAUGAAGGAGAUCACGACCGCCGACAAGGCCGGCGCCGGCAUCCUGACGGCGCUGACGCUGGGCGCCCUGUUGACCUCGUGCGUCGUCAUGAUCAAGGACUAG